GCAGGCAGCUCCACCCUGCCCGAGGCCUCAGUCUGCCCCUCGGGGAGGCCAUGAACGCCACGGGGUCCCCAGUGGCCCCCGAGUCCUGUCAGCACCUGGCGGCCAGUGGCCACAGCCGGCUCAUCGUCCUGCACUACAACCACUCGGGCCGGCUGGCGGGCCGCGAGGGCCCCGAGGAGGGCGGCCUGGGGGUCCUGCGCGGGCUGUCGGUGGCCGCCAGCUGCCUGGUGGUGGUGGAGAACCUGCUGGUGCUGGCGGCCAUCGUGACCCGCAUGCGGUGGCGGCGCUGGGUCUACUACUGCCUGGUGAACAUCACGCUCAGCGACCUGCUCACCGGCGCGGCCUACCUGGCCAACGUGCUGCUGUCGGGCAGCCGCACCUUCCGCCUGGCGCCCGCCCAGUGGUUCCUGCGGGAGGGCCUGCUCUUCACCGCGCUGGCCGCCUCCACCUUCAGCCUGCUCUUCACCGCCGGGGAGCGCUUCGCCACCAUGGUGCGGCCGGUGGCCGAGAGCCGGGCCACCAAGACGGGCCGCGUGUACGGCUUCAUCGGCCUGUGCUGGCUGCUGGCCGCGCUGCUGGGGCUGCUGCCGCUGCUGGGCUGGAACUGCGUGUGCGCCUUCGAGCGCUGCUCCAGCCUGCUGCCGCUCUACUCCAAGCGCUACAUCCUCUUCUGCCUGGUGGUCUUCGCCUGCGUCCUGGCCGCCAUCACCGGCCUGUACGGGGCCAUCUUCCGCGUCGUGCAGGCCAACGGGCAGAAGGCCCCGCGGCCCGCGGCCCGCCGCAAGGCCCGCCGGCUGCUCAAGACGGUGCUGCUCAUCCUGGCGGCCUUCGUGGUGUGCUGGGGGCCGCUCUUCGGCCUGCUGCUGGCCGACGUCUUCGGCUCCAACGUCUGGGCCCAGGAGUACCUGCGCGGCAUGGACUGGAUCCUGGCGCUGGCCGUGCUCAACUCCGCCGUCAACCCCGUCAUCUACUCCUUCCGCAGCCGUGAGGUGUGUCGCGCCGUGCUCAGCUUCCUCUGCUGCGGGUGUCUCAGGCUGGGCCUGCGGGGCCCUGGGGACUGCCUGGCCAAGGCCACCGAGGCGCACUCCGGCACCUCCACCACCGACAGCUCGCUGCGGCCGCGGGACAGCUUCCGGGGCCGGUCGCUCAGCUUUCGGAUGCGGGAGCCCCUGUCCAGCAUCUCCAGCGUGCGGAGCCUCUGAGGACGCCCGGGGGUGGGCCCUGGGGUGCAGGGAGGGGGAGCGGAGGACGGCGUGGGGCCCGCGAUCCUCGCCCCGUCACAGCUGCCUGGGCCUGCUGACGCCAGGCGGGUUUCCCCUGGUCACCUUGGACAAGGAGGCCACCACAGUGGGGGCCGGUGGGUUCACUAUGCCCGGGCUCCUGUGUGAUUCCGGAGCAGUCCCAGGCCCGCUCUGGGCCUCGGUGGGGCAGACGGUGAGGUGGAUGCCCCGGCAACAUUGAAGUUCAAUGACGGCUAAUCCGGCUCCUACGCACAAGGUUGUCGGGUCACGCUCGGCGCCGGCCACGGCACUUGAUGCCCAGGUGUCGACAGAACGUCUGGCGACGGUGGAAACGUUCUACGGCUGCACCACGUAGCACGGGAGAUGCCAGCCCCACAGGGGUACGGAGCCACCGAGAACUGAACUUUUAACUGUAGGUUCUAUUUAAUAUGAAUUUGUUUACAUUUAAAUAGCCCACGGCUCAGUGUUGGUGCUGGUGCCGGUAGGAAGCCCUCUCCCUCCUUCUGGGGCCAUGCCAGCCCCCCAUCCCCUGCCUCUGUCCCGCCAUGUGCUUGGGGCACAGGGGCCUGGGAUCCACCCCACCUGCCACCUGGGCACGGGACAUCUCUGCCUGAAGCCACUAUUUCUCUGCCACACGAUGGUGGGGGGGGGGUGCGGUGAGUGGUGAGUAUUUAUCGCACUGUACGAUAUCUUAGCCACUAGCCACGCGUGGCUGUUUAAAAUUCAUGAACAGUAAAUGAAAUUUUAAAAUUCA